CCUCCUCCCUCUGCCGCCGCUCCCUCCCAGGGCUCCGCGGUUGGAUCAGUCCUCUGGCAUUUCCUGCAGCCGGGCCGCGCCGCCAGCUGAGCCCCGCGCGCCCGGCCCGCCGGCACCGAGUCGCGGCACGAAGCCUCCCAGCACCCAGGCCAUGAAGGAGGAGGCCUUUCUCCGCCGCCGCUUCUCAUUGUGUCCACCUUCCUCCACCCCCCAGAAAGUCGACCCCCGGAAACUCAGCCGGAACCUGCUCUUCGGUGGAGAGAAUGAGCUCUACCCCCUCAGCGCAGGGAAGGACAUGGAGCCCAAUGGCCCAUCGCUGCCAAGGGAUGAAGGGCCCCCGACCCCAGGCUCUGCCACAAAGGGGCCACCGGCAGAAUACAGGCUGUACAAUGGGUCCGACAAGGAAUGUGUGUCCCCAACAGCCAAGGUCACCAAGAAGGAAGCUCUCAAGGCACAGAAAGAGAACUACCGGCAGGAGAAGAAGCGAGCCACGAAGCAGCUGUUCAGCGCCCUGACGGACCCCAGCGUGGUCAUCAUGGCUGACAGUCUCAAGAUCCGGGGGACCCUGAAGAGCUGGACCAGACUGUGGUGCGUGCUGAAGCCGGGGGUGCUGCUCAUCUACAAGACGCCCAAGGUGGGCCAGUGGGUAGGCACAGUCCUGCUGCACUGCUGUGAGCUCAUCGAGCGGCCCUCCAAGAAGGACGGCUUCUGCUUCAAGCUCUUCCACCCGCUGGACCAGUCCGUCUGGGCCGUGAAGGGCCCCAAGGGCGAGAGUGUGGGCUCCAUCACGCAGCCCCUCCCCAGUAGCUACCUGAUCUUCAGGGCUGCCUCUGAGUCGGACGGCCGCUGCUGGCUGGAUGCCCUGGAGCUGGCCCUGCGAUGCUCCAGCCUCCUGCGACUCAGCACGUGCAAGCAGGGCCGUGACGGGGAGCCCGGAUCCUCGCCAGACGCGUCGCCCCCCUCGCUCUGUGGGCUGCCCCCCUCGGCCGCCAUCCACGACCAGGACCUGUGCCCGCUGAACGGGUCCUCCCUGGAGAAUGAUGCUUUCUCAGACAAGUCGGAGAGAGAGAACGCCGAGGAGUCGGAUAACGAGACUCACAACCACAGCGGGAAGACCAACGAGAGCGGGAGCGCCCAGUCAGAGACCCUGGAGGGCCCCGUGCCAAGGGGGACCAUGUACGUGGAGCAGGUCCACGAGGAGUUCGGGGAGCAGCUGGGCCAGGCAUCCCAGGUAGAGACCGUGUCGGAAGAGAACAAGAGUCUCAUAUGGGUCCUGCUGAGGCAGCUGCGGCCGGGCAUGGACCUGUCCCGCGUGGUGCUGCCCACGUUCGUCCUAGAGCCCCGCUCCUUCCUCGACAAGCUCUCUGACUACUACUACCACGCUGACCUGCUGUCCAGGGCUGCUCUGGAGGGGGACGCCUACAGCCGCAUCAAGCUGGUGCUGCAGUGGUAUCUGUCUGGUUUCUACAAGAAGCCCAAGGGGAUCAAGAAGCCCUACAACCCCAUCCUGGGGGAGACCUUCCGCUGCUGCUGGUUCCAUCCCCAGACCAACAGCCACACCUUCUACAUAGCGGAGCAGGUGUCCCACCACCCUCCCGUGUCCGCCUUCCACGUCAGCAACCGGAAGGACGGCUUCUGCAUUAGUGGCAGCAUCGCGGCUAAGUCCCGGUUUUACGGGAACUCGCUGUCGGCUCUGCUGGACGGCAAGGCCACGCUCACCUUCCUGAACCUGGCAGAGGACUAUACCCUCACUAUGCCCUAUGCCCACUGUAAAGGGAUCCUGUAUGGCGCCAUGACCAUGGAGCUGGGCGGGAGAGUGACCAUCGAGUGUGAGAAGACCAACUUCCAAGCUGAGCUGGAAUUCAAGCUCAAGCCUUUCUUUGGGGGCAGCACCAGCAUCAACCAGAUCUUGGGGAAGAUCACGUCAGGGGAGGAGGUCGUCGCGCGUCUCAGCGGGCACUGGGACCGAGAAGUGUUCCUCAAGGAGGAGGGCCGAGGAAGCAUGGAGCUCUUCUGGAACCCGAGCAGGGAGGUCCGGGGACAGAGGCUGAAGAGGCACACGGUGCUGUUGGAAGACCAGACAGAGCUGGAGUCGGAGAGGCUCUGGCAGCACGUCACCAGGGCCAUCGGCGAGGGCGACCAGCACAAGGCCACACAGGAGAAGUCUUCACUGGAGGAGAUGCAGCGGCAGCGGAUCCGCGAGCGCCAGCAGAACCUCGUGCCCUGGAAACCACAGCUGUUCCGGCUGGACCCCGCCACCCAGGAGUGGCGCUACCGGCAUGAGGAUCGUAGCCCCUGGGACCCCCUGAAGGACAUCGCCCAGUUUGAGCAAGAUGGGGUCUUGCACACAGUGCGGCGGGAGACCAUGGCCCACCAGACCACCUUCCUGGGCAGCCUGGGGCCCAGGCACCAGGGGCCUGGCCCAGACCGGCGGCUCCGCAAGGCCAGCGACCAGCCCUCUGGCCACAGCCAGGUCACCGAGAGCAGCUCCACACCCGAGUCCUGCCCAGAGCUCUCAGACGAGGAGGAGGAGGAGGAGGAGGAGGAAGAGGAGGAGGAGGGGGAGGGGGACAGCCACGACUUCAUUUCCGGCGGCGGGAGCCCAUGCCCACGGUGCGGGAAGGAGGCGCGGCGGCUGCAGGCACUGCACGAGGCCAUCCUGUCGAUCCGGGAGGCCCAGCAGGAGCUGCACAGGCACCUCUCAGCCAUGCUGAGCUCCACAGCAAGGGCCAGGCAGGUGCCGGCGCCAGGCCUCCUGCAGAACCCCCGCUCCUGGUUCCUGCUCUGUGUGUUCCUGGCGUGUCAGCUGCUCAUUAACUUCAUUCUCAAAUGAGAGCCCUUUGGGGACAGCGUGGGCGUCCAGGCCCACCUCUCCCUCCCAGGCACCUAGCACUUUCAGCCAGCCCGGGGAGGCAAGAGAGAGAUGGCGAGCAUGGCCACUGUGGACAGAGGGGCCCACGGCAGCAGGAGGAUAGUAGGAGGGACCUGGGGGGCCACACUGGCUCCUCCAGGGGAGGUGCUGACCUUCCCUGUGGGACCCUCCACCCAGUGCCGGCCUUAAUGCUAAAGCCAAGUGCAGCUUUCGUCAUGCCUCUCGCCCCCUGGUCAACUUGCCUGCUCGUUCCCGGUCCAGCAUCCACUUGUCCCGUGGGAGCGUCGGAGGCAGGGGCGGACUGCCUGCCCAGGCAUUGCGCGGUCACUCCCCAGCCGGGGUGAGUGGGGAGCUUUGGGGGAGCAAGCCGUGAGUCCCAGAGGUUCCCAGAGCCUCCUCUGUCCUGAUGCAGAGGGCUGUCCAUCCUGAGAGCCUGCCCACACUGCCCGGGUCACGCUAAGAGGGGCCUCCCUUGGACUCUAGGGUAGACUGGAGCUACUGCAGAGGGAACAUUUGGAUUUUACUCUGCUUCUGUGCUGGGUGGACGGGACCCCCACGAUACACCAAUGGAACCCACCCUCACCUUGCACAGCCUGGGCAUGCCAAGGGGAGCGGGCACAGCUGUACCUGGGCACAGCUGUGCGUGCGAGGGCAGGGGUGCGCAGGGGGCGGCCGCACGGGCCCCAGCACUCCCUGGGACGGGGAAGCCCAGGUUUGCCACUUUACUGGGACUGAUCCACGGUCCUCCCGUUUUACACUUUUUUAAUAAACGCAAUUGCAAUAUCGUAGGCAGGCUGCAAGCAGCGUCUGGCGUCUCGCCUGUUUCUGUGUCAAGUGCCGCCGUGUGCGUGCGUGUGUGCGUGCGUGUGCGCGUGAGCAUCUGCACAUGCACCUGUAGAUACACACCGAGCCUUAAAUUAUGUGGGGGAGGUGCCACCGGGACCCACCGUCCCAUUUUCCAGAUUUUGUAUCCAUGUUCUCGUUCCCUGCCGGCAAUGUGGGGACGUGUCUGUGCUCCAGGCCUUGAAAUAAACGGCACACACACA